CUCUGUCUUGGACAACCCAAAAUCCUCCUUUCAGGAGGGCUCUAUCAGCAAAUCUAACGGCUAUUCGAUCACCCCAGGUCUGUUCGUGUGUGCCGGGAGACACAACACGCCGCACCACGAAGCCCAAUCCUACCCGUCUAACCACACCAAACAGAUCUCAGCCGGUGGCGCCAAGACACCCAGCAACAGAACCGCAACAUCAUCAACGCUUCCCUUACCUCACCCACCCUUGCCUCCAAGUAACAACGCCUUCCCCCAUCUCUCGCAAUAAUCAUCCCCCUCCCUGUAUCCAAGUUGGACCGCUCCUCCUUCAUCUCCUUGCUCCUUGCUCUAGAAGACAGGCAAACAGAUAGACAAACAGGCAAACACCACCAUUGGGGAUAUUCUAAACAUGGCCACUCGAGCUGCGAAUAAGCGCCUCGUCCGUGAGUACAAAGCCAUCACUGAGAAUCCACCGCCAUAUAUUCAAGCUCACCCUAGCGAGUCCAACAUUCUAGAAUGGCACUACAUAAUAACCGGUCCUGAGAAAACACCCUACGAGAAUGGCCAGUAUUGGGGAACUCUAGUAUUCCCCGCCGAUUACCCCUUCAAACCCCCCGCCAUCCGAAUGAUGACUCCAAGCGGCCGCUUCCAAACUAGCACACGCCUUUGCCUCUCCAUCUCCGACUUCCACCCCAAAUCCUUCAAUCCGGCGUGGCAAGUCAGCACAAUUCUAAUGGGCCUACUGUCCUUCAUGACGGGGGAUGAAAUGACCACAGGCUCCAUCUCAGCCACCGACCAGGAGCGUAGGAUUCUAGCCGCUAGGAGCCGUUGGUGGAACAGCACGGGCGGGGGCAGUGGCGUGCUGGACCCAGUCUCGGGCAUUGUGGUGCCGAAUCGCGCACCCGGAGUUGGCAUCGGAACGGGUGGGAGCAGGGGCGGAGUUGGCAAUGGGGAUUUGGGAAGGAAAUUUAGGGGGGAGUGGAAGGAUGUGGAUGCUGAGAAUUGGAGGUGGCUCAAGGCUAAGAACUUCAACCUUGCUAGUGGACUGAUAUCCGCGCCGCCCUCCGCUAGUGCCCGCCCACCUGCCGGCUCUGGUGUCGCCGGCGCCGCUGGAACAGACACAGAGGGUGCGAGGCGACGGCAGCGUUCGGGCAGCAUCGGCAAUACCGGAACGGCAGGUGCCGCCGGUGUGGUUGUACGUAGGGGUGGCGGGUGGUUCGAGAGACAUAGGGUAUUGGUCGGGAUUGUGUUCUUGUUUGUCUGGGCCUUGUUGGCUAGGAGUUUGGAAUAAGUGAUUGAUCGAGACGUCCGAUGCGGUAGGGCGCGGGGCGAGCUGAGAUAGACUAUGUCGGAAUCUCUUGAAAGGGUUAAUUUGGAGCAUGAAAUAUUGGGUGGGAGCGGGUAUACAAAUCAUUAGUUUCUGUGUGUUAAUGGCGCUUCUCGCGUUAGUGUUAUUCUCUUUUCAUACAUCUUGAACGGCUCUUUAGCGAUUAUAUUAGUAUUCUUUUUUUAUUAUCCCUAUC